AUGCCCACCGACGCCUCUGCUGACGACGACCGUCCUCACGAGAAGCAGCGACGGUCCAAGUCCGAGCGAAAACCCGACCGUGAACGAGAUCGAGAACGGGACAAGAACAAGGACAAGGACAAGGACAGAGAGCGCCGCCAUCGCUCCUCCAAGUCAUCCCGCAGCAAGGUCAGCGGUGAAGAGGCUGAUGCGGGCUCGCAAGUCUCCUCCGUUAGACGCCAUCGAAAACGAGAAAAGGAUCGAGACAGGGCUCGCGAUGAUGGCGACGACAGAUCUUCGCUACGUACAAAGUCUCUCAGUGACGUGAACGGGCGCGGUGCCCCUCCCUCACCCCAGACCGCAUCGCUCUUCGACGGCAAACGGGUUUCUCUACCGUAUCCCUCAUUUAGCAAGGCGCAUAGCAAGGAGGCGGUCAUAAGCAGAGAUAAUCUGUCGCCUUCCAGAGGUUCGCAUAUUCCAACACCAGAGCCGACCGAUGCGGUUGACGACGAUGGCCGACGCAAAUCCGACGACGUGAGCCGCAAGGGUUCAACGUCCAAGAAAUCAUCCAGACCGCCCACUCCUCCCGAAACAGACCUUUCUGCCGACAAACGCAAGUCGUUAGAAUCAAGAUUAAGCUCCAGCCAUAGCAAAGAUCGCGAGAGAACAAAAGACAAACCCACCGCCUCGGGCGUUUCUAGAUCGGCCUCGAGGAACGAAGAAGGGUCGCGAGUUAGUCGCCGUUCUGCCUCCUCCAGCCAAGCGACAUACAUCAAAUCUGCCAACCACAAAUCGCACGAAAAACUAAGAACCUCGGAAUCAAGAUUCUCGAGCUCAUCGUCCCGUCACUCACCACAUCGAUCGGGCUCAACACGAAGCGUCAGAAGGCCUGAAGGCCGCGAUGGCCACUCUUCGCCAUCUAGUGUACAGGAUUCGUCCCCAAGAACUCCUACACAGGCCCCUCAAUUCUCGACACCAUUUUACGACCAACAUGGCCCCGAGAGGCCAGACUCGUCUAUUCUCUCAAAGACCGCCACGCCUGCACCAGCUCCGCCACCCCCUCCACCGCCCCCACCUGCCAUGGAUCUCUACGAUGUCCCGCGUGUCGACUACCUCUUGCAGAAUGGCGGACUUCCCUGCCCUGUUCCGCGACACUUCCUGUCGGUGCUCCCCAUUCAAAACGGCGCGCGUGGCACAGCGCCGCCGCUGUCCGGAUCGGAUACCCUUUUUGCGCCCUUUUUCAACUUGCUCGACCAAUACAAUACGGUCAUUGAAAAGCAUGGCUCUAUCGCUGUUGCCACCGGACAUCGAUCCGUUGCGAGGCGACUGCUAGACCGCCUUGAGAACGUCUUCUCGCGUGACCUGCCACCACAUGGAUGCUCAUGCAUACUGUGCGAUCGCUCCAACGACAUGCAUCACGGGCUGACGUGGGGCGACGUACUGGAGUGGGUUAGCGGUCGUAUCGAAUUACCCGAGUGGCCUCCAUUUGAUCUCGCCGAAAUUGGAACCAGAGCUGCUGAGAUAUCAGCGGAGGAGCCCCGCCGGCCGUCUUCACCUAUCAAACUCGACCCAGAUAUUGCAGAAGAGUUUCGAGAGCACUAUCUCCGCCAAACCAAAAAGGUGAGAUCGGCUGUUGAUAAAUGGCUGAAUAGCACGCCAGAGACACCGAUCCCGCCGCCCCAAGAGGUCGACGACGAGACUCUUGCUUUUGCGAUUCUGACUAACUUGGACGAUCAUGAUCGCCCGUACUUCAACGCUCUACUGUCCGGAGCUCGUGAGCUUAAGCCUGCCACUAGGGCACCGACACCAAUGCUCCGCCAACGAAACGAUUUUGUGGUCAAGACUGGUCUUUCGCUCCAGCGCUUAUAUCGACUGCAGCAAGCCCCAAGAGAUGCUGAAAGUGUAACUUACCUUAUCAAGAAUCCGCAUACACACGAUUUGCUCGUCACCCUUUCCAACAUCAACAACUCGGAAUGGGAGAUACUCACAUCUGGCCGAUUUGAUGGGUUCUUGUGGUCCGGCGCUGACAUGGACGACCAAGUCAUGACACCGGGUCUCAGUUCCAGAUCGCAAACGCCCGCAAAUGGAUACUUUGGCAGCCGCAGCACGAUGAGUCCCGGGCCUCGCAGCUCCUCUGCUAUGAGCUCGCGUGGCCCAACACCAUUUUCACGAGGGGCUACUCCAGCCUCUUUCGUCAGCACCAGCUCAGUUGGACCGAGCAGCAGACUAGCAGUAUCCAACGAUGAAGAGACGGAGAUGGCUGCCAUUGCUGAAAUGGAGCGCGAAAUCUACCAGGGCAUGGAGAGCUUAGAAGACGCCUUUGAGAAGCUCCACCAUCGAGCCGAGGUGGUGCGUACAGCCCUACGACAGCGUGGCGCUGGCCUUAUGCAGAGCCUACAAAGUCGACGAAGGGUGGAUGUUCUGCCAGCACAAACUCCAACGCCUGGCGCUGGACAGGAACGAGCUUCGUGGGCACCAAGCAGCGAAGGAGAGGCGCCCAGCGACGACGACUGGUUCGAGGAGUAUGAUAUCAUGCCAGACGAUUCAGCAAGUAAUAUCAGCAGCUCACGACAUCGGCGACCCAAGAGGCGAACGGAGCGACGGACACCGGCGCCAAUUGAAGAGGACGAGGAGGAGUAG